ACACCCAAGUAUAUUAAAAUACAUGUAUAAAACCAACCCUUUUAUUAUCGACAAAUAAUUAAGAAAUGAAAGGUAAUAUGUAUCCUAGUUUAGCCGAUGGUGCCGAGGGCGAAGGAGAGACGGACUAUAUUUUCCCGAGAGGCCCAGGAUCUGGGGGACACAUGGCUAAUGAAGUGACCGUGGUUUCAGUGUCUGAAGUAAACGAUCUUCCCGAGAAGUGCUCCGAGGGCACAAACGACAGUACAAGCACAAGCACGGGUAGCGGAAACGAAGAAGAAAGAGCUACUUGGGGUGGCAAACUCGAGUUUCUACUGACUUGUAUCUGCUAUGCUGUCGGUUUGGGAAAUGUAUGGCGAUUUCCGUACUUAUGCUACAAAAAUGGCGGCGGUGCCUUCCUUGUUCCGUAUACCAUCAUGUUGGCUAUUGUUGGACUGCCAUUGUUCUUUCUGGAAUUGGGCAUUGGUCAAUACGCCAGUUUAGGUCCCAUCUCUGUGUGGAAAAUGAACCCAUUACUUAAAGGUUUAGGUUACGCUUCAGUGAUUGUGUCCUGGCUUAUUGGGCUUUACUAUAACGUGAUUAUCUCGCACGUGCUGUUCUUCCUGUAUUCGUCCUUUACCGAUAAACUACCAUGGCAAGAUUGCGACAACGACUGGAACACUCCACACUGCAUCUCCUUCGAGCAGCACGUGAAUGGUUCUGUAAACCACACAGCUCACUCCAAUGUCAGCAAAACGCCUAGCGAGGAAUAUUACAGAAAUUAUGUCCUCGGGCAGACGGAUUCCAUUGAUGAGAUAGGAAAUGUGGAAUGGCAUCUCGCCUUGACGCUCCUUCUUGCCUGGGUAAUCGUCUGUCUAGUCUUACUCAGAGGAAUCCAGUCUCUUGGAAAGGUUGUAUACUUCACGGCUAUCUUUCCCUACGUGAUGCUCACAAUCUUGUUUAUCCGGGGUGUCACCUUACCUGGUGCGGCGGACGGUCUAAUGUAUUACUUCAAACCCGACUUCAAUAAGUUGAAAGAGACACGGGUGUGGAGUGACGCAGCCACACAGAUUUUCUACUCCCUUAGCGCAUGCUCCGGAGGUCUGAUUGCCAUGUCUAGUUACAACAAGUUCAACAAUAACUUCUACAGAGAUUCCCUUAUCGUCAGCGUCAUCAACUGCGGAACCAGUAUCUUCGCCGGAAUGGUCAUCUUUGCUGUUCUUGGUUUCAUGGCUCAGGAAAAAGGAAUGGAUAUCUCCAAUGUGGCUGAUGGAGGUCCGGGACUUGCCUUCGUUGUUUACCCAGAAGCUCUAGCACGUAUGCCUGUUGCUCCACUUUGGUCAGUGUUCUUCUUCAUCAUGAUGGCUACUCUCGGAUUCGGCUCUGAGUUUUCCUACGUUGAGUGUGUGUUCAGCGCCUUGGCUGAUGAAUUCCCCAUCUUGAGAGAACGUCGCAAUAACAUCAUCUUUAGAGUCGUCGGCUGUAUCUUCUGUUUCUUCCUUGGUCUCCCAAUGGUCUGCAGUGGCGGUAUCUGGCUCCUGAACAUCGUUGAUUACAGUGUUGGUGGGUUUCCUUUGUUGGUUGUCGGUAUUAUGGAACUCGUCGCUGUCAGCUGGAUUUAUGGCUAUGACAAUUUCUCGGAUAAUAUCCACGCUAUGCUGGGAAAGAGACCAAAUAUUUACUGGGAAAUUUGUUGGAAGUUUGUUUCGCCAGCUGUUAUUGGUGUCACUAUUAUCUUGAACAUUGCGCUGUACAGCCCACCAAGCAUGGAUGGUCAGUUCUACCCCUGUUGGGCCAAUGCUCUUGCCUGGUUAAUUGCUCUUUUCCCUAUUAUUGGAAUUCCCGGAUUGUUCUUGUACAAAUACUGCAGGGACGGUGGAUUUGAGUUGAUGAAAGAAAGUAUGAAACCUGAUCCUACCUUUGGACCCGUCAUCCGGUAUCCUAACGUAGACGAUUCCUUCACGGACAUGGGAAAUAUUCAUACUAAUGGUUACAAUCCAGCAUUCGCAAAAUCAAUGGGGAGUUCUUUAUCAACAAGUACCAAACUUACGGACGUUCCUAACCUAAACUUUACACCGGCGUCUUCAGUUAUUACAAUAUCAAAACUGUCAAAAACAACGGAUAAAGGGCCAAACGAAUCUCGUCUAUAGUGCAUAUCUCAAAUGUCCUUUUCACGUGCUGAAAGAUGAGUGAAAGAACACGUAAGUGAGGGAGUGUGAAUAAGAUUCAUAUUUCAAUUGUCAUCGACAUAAAUUAAAAGACAUGAUAUAUGACAUGAAAUUUACAUAGCCUAUUUCAAUCUUACUUUUUUUCUUCUCUGAACAGAAGCGAAUCAUAAAAUAUGAAAAAAACAUUGAAAGUUUUCUUUGACGAGACACCAAAUCAGAGGUUGUGAACAAAUUGAUCUAAAACUGAUUAUUUCUUCUAAUCUGUCAUACGGCAAAGGUGUUUUUAUUGUGUCAUAUAUCAAGUAAUUGAUACCCAUCAAUUGUGAUAAAUUAAUAUCGUAAAACAUUGACGGAAUAUUGUGAUAUCCACAAAUAUGUUCCAAUUUAUUUUUCAUUUCUAUUUGUUUUGUUGAACUAUUUUAUAAUUUGGCCCCCACCACAUGUUGUCUUUAUGUGAAUUGAAUAAUCCAAUCGUACUGCCAUUAUCUAUCGAUGAACUGCCAGAUUCGAUCUUAAAUUUUACAAACCAUAAUUUGCUCAAUCGGAAAAAUCACGCCCACUUUGAAAACCGCAAUUUAUAGCUGCUGUCGUUUUCCUUCUUGAUGCUGUUGAAGUCAUGACGUCAGUCUGAAGGUAGUCGAGAUGUUUUGUCAAACAGGAUGGAGAUUGGGUGAUUGAUUGUUUAAAGUCUGUGAGAUUUUUAGAUUUAUUUUUUAUUAAUUAUUGCGCUAAGUCAUGAAUUUGUUAACAGGAUUAUGUUUGAUGGCAUUGUGCAAAUAUGCUUUUAUAUCGAAGGUGCUCGACGUUUAAAAAAAUGUUUUAAAAGUUUUUCUGUCAAUAACAACACUAAGCUAUUACGUGGUAUGUAUUUUCAAACUUCUACUGUUUUUCAAUCAUUUGGUUUUGUCAUUGUAAAUACCAACAUCGUGUUCAAAUAUUCCUGUUUCUCUAUACUUUUUAUCUUCAGACAUGUAUUAUGUGUGAUGGUAUUUUACCAUUGUCUUUCAGUUCUAAAUAAUGUUGACGCAUGCGCACUGCAGUGUCUUUAACGAUUGUGUCUUAUACGCUUCAUGCUUUCUUGUACCAUUUUUACACACAUGUACAUUUGUACUUAAAUUCAAUUCUGCUGUUAGUUUCUAUUUCAUGGUAUACAGUUUAACAACGCUUUUUAAAUGUAGUGUUAAAGGGCGUUAGACUGAUUUGUUUUCAAUAGUCAGCUUCAAAGUUCUUCAGUAAAUGAACCUUCCUGACUCUGAGUAUUGAAGUAAAAUGGUGAUAAACUUGGUUUUAGUCAAAUUAUUGAUCAAAAUGCAGGUAGACCCUGCUUUAUUUACUUGGUUUAGACACUAAAUCACACUUCAGUUCAAAAUAAAUUGUGACUUCACUUUUUGUAAACUAAAUAAGAAUAAGACAUCUGUUGCAUCUCCGCUAUCGAGUUUGAAAAAAACUUUAUCUGAAAUAAAUAUUUUCUUUUGUUGUUGUUAAACCUCACAUGUUUGUAAAUAUUGCUUGAAAGGAAUGUAAAUAUGUUGCCACCAGUGUUUAUAUCUCAAUGAGAAACACUUUAUUUUUACCACAAGUUAAUUAAACGUAUUUUUGUUUUGAAGGGAAAAAUAACAAUGAGUACUUAUUUCUAAUAUCAAUUCAGAUCUUUUAUAAAAUUGAAAUAAUGUUUGGGAGAGAUAAAACAACGUAAGGACUGCGAUCUUUUUGUGAUGCUGCCACCUUACAGAUAAGAAAAUCAUAAUAAUAUUUAUUUGUGACAAGCCCAUUUUUAAAGCAUUUGGUAUAAAUUGUGUGAAAUUAAUAACAUUCCAGAAAAAAGGAAUGCAUAAAGUUAUUUUAUUUGAGAAAUUUGGGACUGGUUGAGCGUGAGAGAAAAUGUCGACUGUGCACUGAUAAAACGACAAUGCAGGUGUAUAAGGAGAUGUGAUAAAUUAUUUUGUAAAUAUAUAUAUUACGUAAUUGAAAUGCUUCCUAGAUAGCACACCACACUUGCCAUGAUGUCUUGUGAUACGUAUAUACUAGUCCAAUAGUACUUAAUGAUAUUUCACAGAAACUAACAAAAUACUUCUUUAAAUGUUAUUAGAUUUAAUCAAUUAGCACUGAAAUAUAUCCAAUAUAAAAUUUUGACGUUCAACAUCGAUUUAAGUUAAUUAAUAUCCCUGGUUUUAGUAAUUAAAUCAAAUUCGAAAAUACCAUAUUUGGACAUUAACAAUCAUAUAAUGAUAAAAUAACUGCUGCUCUUGACAAGCAGUCUUUAAUGCCAGUAUAUAAACUGUGAUGUUGGUAAUGAUUAUUCUGACAUCAUAUCGUUUAUUGUUACGUCAUUAAGGCAUGCGUGUUAGGCUUUCCGACAUUUGGAGGUGAAGAUGUGUUGUUAUCUAUCACAUGCAUGUAUAUUUUUGUAUUGCUACAGUACAAUACGACAAAUAAAAUUGUUAAAACUUAA